GCGCGCAGGCGCCCUGGGCACCCCCGCCCGCCCGGCCUCCCCGCCCGGCGCAUGCGCCUCGCCCCCUCCGGCGCGGGGAGGGGGAUGCGGACGGGGGAAGAUGGCGGCCUCGAACAACCCGCGGAAAUUCAGCGAGAAGAUCGCGCUGCACAACCAGAAGCAGGCGGAGGAGACGGCGGCCUUCGAGGAGGUCAUGAAGGACCUGAGCCUGACCCGCGCCCACCGGUUACAGCUGCAGAAAACCCAAUAUUUGCAACUGGGACAGAGUCGUGGCCAGUACUAUGGAGGGUCACUGCCAAAUGUGAAUCAGAUUGGAAACAGUGCCAUGGAUCUGCCUUUCCAGCACAACGGAGCUUUGGCAGAAGCCUUUGGAGCAGUUCCUGUCUCUUUGACUCCUUUUCAGUCGUCUGGAUUGGAUACAAGCAGAACAACUCGGCAUCACGGUCUGGUGGACAGAGUAUAUCGUGACAGAAAUCGUCUUGGCUCUCCGCAUCGACGUCCUCUCUCCGUGGAUAAACAUGGAAGACAAGUAGACAGUUGUCCAUAUGGCACUGUGUAUCUGUCACCUCCAUCAGAUACAAGCUGGAGAAGGACGAAUUCUGAUUCAGCCCUGCACCAGAGCACUAUGACUCCAACUCAACAAGAAUCAUUUUCGGGAGGGUCACAAGACAUGCAGCAGAAAAGAGUUUUAUUAUUGACUGUCCCAGGAAUGGAGGAAACCACCUCUGAGGCAGACAAAACCCUCUCUAAGCAAGGAUGGGACACUAAAAAGACAGGGUCUUCAAGACCUAAAUCAUGUGAAGUUCCAGGAAUCAACAUCUUUCCAUCAGCUGACCAAGAAAACACUACAACGCUGAUUCCUGCUACACAUAACACGGGCGGCUCCCUGCCAGACCUGACAAACAUCCAUUUCCCUUCCCCUCUCCCAACACCAUUAGAUCCUGAGGAAUCCACAUUCCCAGCCCUGAGUAGCUCCAAUAGUACCGGAAAUCUUGCUGCCAAUCUGACUCACUUGGGCAUCAGCACUGCCAAUCAGGGAAUGACAACAACGCCAGCCCCGUCCCAGCAGCACCGUCAGCCAGCUGUCAGUCCUCUCUCAUUGAGUGCAGACUCAAGACGACCACAGUCACAGCAAAUGUCUCCUACGCUUUCCCCUUUGUCACCAAUUACUCAGGCCGUGGCUAUGGAUGCAUUGUCUCUCGAGCAGCAGCUUCCCCCAUAUCCAUUUUUUACCCAGACAACUUCACAGCAACAGCAGCAGACCCAGGUGGCAAGCACCCUGCCUCAGAAUACUCCUUUAAUGCAGACCUCUGGUUUACAGCGAGGAACACAACUUCCCCCGCUCUCCGUCACGGUACCUUCUACCAUCCCACAGUCACCUCCGGGUAGCCAGAGCCAGCCGUCAAUGGGAAUAGAUAUCAACUCGGCUUCACUCCAGCAGUACCGCAGUAAUGCUGGAUCCCCAGCCAACCAGUCUCCCACCUCUCCUGUCUCCAAUCAAGGCUUCUCUCCUGGCAGCUCCCCUCAACAUUCUUCCAUUCUGGGGAGUGUAUUUGGUGACUCCUAUUAUGAUCAGCAGAUGACAGCUAGGCAGGCUAAUGCCCUAUCCCAUCAGCUUGAACAGUUUAAUAUGAUAGAAAACGCCAUUAGUUCCAACAGCCUGUACAGCCCGUGCUCCACCCUCAACUACUCCCAGGCAGCCAUGAUGGGACUCACGGGGAGUCACGGCAGCUUGCAGGACUCGCAGCAGCUGAAUUACUCCAGCCAUGGAAACAUCCCCAACAUUAUUCUUACAGUGACAGGCGAAUCUCCUCCCAGCUUAUCAAAAGAACUGACCAGCUCUUUGGCAGGAGUGGGAGAUGUCAGCUUUGACACGGAUUCCCAGUUCCCUCUGGAUGAACUAAAAAUUGACCCUUUAACCUUGGAUGGACUGCACAUGCUGAAUGACCCAGAUAUGGUCCUCACUGACCCUGCCACAGAGGACACGUUCAGGAUGGACCGGCUGUGAAGUGUGGACACCGGGAGCUUGGGGACGGCGCUCAGUCCUGGAGCCCAGCCGAACUAGAGAGUCCAAUGGGUCAGUCCUGGCAGAACAGGAGUUACUGAGCGCAGUAGCUCUGUCCUGUACAACAUGUACCAUGAGUAAAGCUUGUCGUUCUAAGCUUGCAGCGCUGCAGACCCCUACUCCCUGUUGCGCCGUAUUUUACCCCUUAUCCACUCAUUGCCCUUAAUGAGUAAGGAGUUUCCAUCAGCCUUCUCCUCUCCAGAGCCCCCCCUCUCCCCCCACCAAAGUUCCAGCGUUAAGUUGCCAGUUUUCUCCUUUGCACUAGAAGGGGGUGUUUUGGGGCAGGCGAGGAAGGUUCAGAGCCAAGGGUGGAGUAAAGAGAUUCUCCAGCGCGCCAGACCGUUGGCUGUCGCUGGCUGCUGUUGAAGGAAGCAGCCGUCUCCUCGAGGCGGGGGGCGGGGGGCAGCUCUGGCUCCUGACCCCCUCUUCCCCCGCCGACUCGAGAGCAGACCUCUGCGUUGCCGCCCUCUGGAACGGGCUGGGGGAGCUUUUGCAAUUUUGACUCUGACUGCUUUGUGACAGCUGCUUUGUAGAGUAAGAUGCUUCUUCCUUUAUUGAUAUGCCAUGUUUGUUUUCAGGUUUGUUUCCUUGACUGUUGUCCUGCACCCACUGCCUGUUCUCAUGCCCUGAGCAAACUCGUGUACUUGGCAAAGCAGAAAAGCAGCCUGGCAGCCCAACAGCCUUUCGUAGCCAGCUAUUCAAAAAAAAAAAAAACCAAAAAAAGAAAAAAGGCAACUGUAAACACUAUUUUCAAAGCUUUUUUUAAUAUAUAUAUGUAAUAUAUAUAUUUAUAUAUAUGUAUACAUAUAUAUAUAUAGCAUUUCUGAGCACACAAAAAAGUACUAUAAUUCAUUACUUGAUUAGUGUGGAGGAAGGAUCAGAACAUUUUAAAGCAGCUAAAAGAAUAUAGGAGACUAACUUGCAGAGCACAUUUCUAAUUUUACUUUGUGAGAGAUUCCUGGGCAACAGGAAGGGCAUUUGUAUAGCAAUGCCUGGCUCAAAUCAUGAUUAUUUUUUAUUUUUUAUUCUUAUCAUUACUUAUUCUGUUACCAUUAUUUAUGAUCUUUUUUUUUAUUUAAGUAUUUGGAUAUUAGACAAGUAGCUAAACUACAUACAGCCAAUUGAAGCACUCUACAUAAUACUUGUACAGUACAUCUUUUUGUGUUUUUAUUCCAGAAAUAUAUUAUAUAUAUUAUAUAUAUAGGUAUUUUUAACUAACUGGAAUUUUAAACAGGUGUUGAGCGGAAGUGAGGAAGCCUAAGGCAAGUCUAAAUGUUUUCCUUUUAUAUAGUCAAAAUAGGGUGGCAGGAACUUAGAUAUUCCUUCUUUCACCCUGGGGAAAAAAUAGCUUGCUCUACAGUGAAAUAGUACUGUAUCCUUGAACAGGUUGAGAUUCUGUUAAAUUUAUAAUAGACUAUUUCUGUUAGUCCUUGUUAAUAUUCUGUGCUGCAGCGUAACAGGAUGAUGAAUGACACUUUAUCAAUGGCAAAUUAAAAAAAAAAAAAGAAACCAUUGAAUCUGAAUUUGGUGGUUUCACUUAAAUGUCAUGGCUGAAAUUUAUACUGAUUCCCAGAUCUCUGACACUUGGGACUCUAUCAGAUUUGAAAAAAUGUGUUUAAAGAUUUAUCAAGACCCCAAUGCACUUACAGUAAUUGCCAGGGGCACUGUUAAAAUGUUGUAUUCAUUACACUAUAAUCUGCACAGUAAUAGCAGCUAUAAGUAAACGACCCUUCUAUUAUGCAGAAGUUACAAAUUAAUGUUAUUUUGGGUUUUAUUAACAAAAUAAAAGUCACAUUAUGCAUAAUACCCUGAAUGUAAGGUGAAUGAAUACCUGCUAGAGGAAGGCAUUUCCAUGCAGUAGGGGUUGAACAUCGAAAUAUAUUUUUGUUAACUAUUAUCUCGAAUAAAAGAGCCAUUUUAGUUUUUAUUUCAAGACGAGUUGUGUUUUGUUGUUUCCCCCCCCCGGCAUGGUAUUUCCCCAUCUGCUCUCUUUUGACGGGGUCUGCAUCAUCUGCACUUGCGUUUUAUCUAAGACUGUGUCAGUUCUUUCUCAGCUGUCAUAUGACUUUUAAGCAAAAAAUCCCCAGCACUUCUCCCCGCCCUCCCCACCCCAUUCCCCCCAAGAAGGAUCUUCUUGCUGUUUUCAGCAAGCAAUAUGCAGGUCCGCGGAGGAAGUGGACUGCUCUUAAUGAGUUAUACUAGGUUUCUGUGUGCUUCCAGAAAUCUGUGGGACGCUGUCCUGAGAUUCAUGCAGACACUGCUGAGCAGAAUCAUUGUUGGGAUUUAUAUAACUUGGGUGCGCGUUUGCUCACAUUUGUGCCAUUAGUUGACCAUUUGCACUAAAAAUGUUCCCGUUUUUCUUUUGAUCUCUUAGCUUGUGUUUGUCUUUUCCUUUUGUUCCUGCCCUUACAAUUGCGAGAUUAUCCUGCAUCUUCGUUGAAAAUGUUUGUCAGGAUUUCAGCCCACUAUUACAUGUACUCCCGAUGUCUGCUUAUUUCAGAUUGCUAAUGCUUUUUCAAUUUAAGAAAAAAAAAAGGUAGCUUCAAACAGGAGGAUACCCUAAAAGAACAAGACUAAUUUGGGCACAAGUGACUUGGAGUCCUUUGCUUUGAAACAGCCAAAGGUACAGUGUGAGUUGAAUAUGCUUUUUGCGGUUCGCAUAGUCUCUUUGACAGUACUGUUAGUUCCUUGAUGGGAUUUGUCUAUAUUGCUCUCUUGUUCCAAUGACUCUUAUGCAUGUAAAUUCUUGUUUGUGAUCUAUUUUUUUAAAACCAGAGUCACUUCAGAAUGAAGCAUCCAAGUAGGAAAUCAGAUUCCUAACUGGAGACUUUUACAGGGAGCUGUUGCUAAAUGCUACCUUCUAAUUUUUUUUAAACUACAUGUGUAUAUAAGAGAUCUUGUUUAUUAGACUUGUAAGUAGACAUUUAAAAUGGCCUUAAUUUAAAAACAACACGUCUGGAUGCAACUGUCAAAUUUAGGGACCAUCUAGUUGAGAGAAAUAACAGUUUUUGUUCCUUUCUUGCGGGGCAAGUGGAGAAGGGUGCUCGGGGAGUGGGAAGGAGUAAGCCGAGGUCACCACGGGAAGCAGAUGAUGGCUGUGUUUGAAAGAAUGUGCUUCAUCUCUUAAGCCCCGGUAGCGGGCAGGCUGGCUGCUUUUAUUAUUAACCCUUUGAGAAUCGGAGCAGUUACUUCAACAGUUCCUGCACUUUGCUUCCCAGAAGGCCAGUUUCUUGACAGCAUCAUGUAUGAGCUGUACUCCAGCAAAAGGGAUUUUUCUCCUCCUCUCCCCUUAAUUUUUUUUUAAAUGCAUACGGCUAAUUUUAAAGCAGAAACAAUCUAUUAAGUUGUCAAAUGUAAACACGGAGGGGAUCCCAGUAAUUUCAGAACAAAUUAUUUUAUUUUAUUUUAAAAGGUAUUAGUACUGUUUGCAUUUUACACUCUGCGUAUAAGGGUGAGAGCUGUUGGGAGCGGUUGGCCCUUGGAAUGCCGGGAUGGAUGAGACUGAAGAGUGAAAGAAAAAAACAUCACUUGGCAAAAAAGAAGUAUUCUUGGUACCUUUUUCAGUUAAGUACUUUUGAAGCUGUCUGGUGUCUCAAAGGGUUACUGUCCCAAUAUACCUGCUGAGUGAAUCCCACCCUCUCCCUACAACAUGUGUUUUUAUAUAUAUUAAAAAAAGUUCCCAAGCUAGACUGUUGCAUUUGCCAAUAUAUUGGGGAAAUAAUAGGAAUAAACUUUCAAUGUAUAAAAUACUGUGAUGUUAUAAAGAAAAACAGACUUCUGCUGUUUAUUGCAGCGUAAGUGGGUGGGAGGGGGGAGGCUCUUUUCAUUGUACAUAGUAGUCUGCAUUCUCUCUCAAAUGAAUCUGCACAGGCCGAGUUGAGGUCAUUCUCUCUGCUGCAUGCACGACUGACCGCGGGCGGCAUCGAAGCUGUCGAGCUCACUACUGCUUUUGCAUGUCAGUGAACACUUUGCCGGCGAUCUUUAACUGUGCAAAACCUUUCCUGUACAGAGAACCUUUGAUUUAUUUUUUCCUUUUUUUUAAGAGGGGAAAAGGUUUCCAGAAAGAGGCUUCAAAUUAAUUAAAGAAGUUAUUAAUUAUUUGUACAUUUUACUACUGUUUUUUAAAUUCAAUUAAAUUUAAAUUAAUUGCAAAAAAAAGUGUGCCUGAGAUUCCUGGUGCAAAUGCAUGCAACAAAAAUGCUUACUGAAGAACUUUCAAUUAAGAGGAAGAACUGCCCCUCUGAGUUUGCAUAAAAGCAGCAUCUGAUAACUUAAAGAAUCCUUUAAACUUCUCUCAAAAAUAAGAUCUUAACUGUGCUUGUUUUUAAAAGCUCUGUUUUCCGUAGAAACGAUAAUUGAGACUUGAGAUCUGCCCCUUAUGAGCAUGGUACUCGCCUUGGAAACCCUCUCUGUACAGUAAGGAAGAGUAAAGCCCCCUCAUCAUACAGUAGGUCAAAACGUAUGCUGUGCUUGCGGGAGAAAAGUGUUUAUUCCUCUGAAAAUGGACCCCCUGUCACUGUGAUGGCAAUGUGAAAGCGCAGGUAGCGUUUGUUAUAUGUGUAUGUUCUUUUUAAAAAACAAAAAAGCAAAAAAAAUUUGUAGUGUUCCUGUUCUUUGUAUUUUUAGUUGCAUAUUAUUUAUACUGCGCAGUGUAGGCAUGGAUUGCAUGUCAGUUUUCUAUGCGGGCACCAUGAUGACAUUAUAACUGUGUAUUAUAAAUCAUUUUUACCUUUUUAAACAGAAUCAUUGUGUGGAAUUUCUAUACUGCAAAACAAAACACUACAUUAAGUACUAUAUUCAUUUGUGUUAUUUAUUUUAUUAUUUUGUGGGGGGUGGGGGGCGGUUUUAACUGUGGUGUAUAUUGCCUUAUGUGGGCUUGACCAAUUUUAUCAAAAUAAAGGCCUAAAGGGGUAAAAUAUGUUUACUGUUUUCUUCAGUAAAAUGACUUGUGGCUGCCACAGAGGCAGCUGCAGAAAAGUGCAUAGUGGAAAGCAUAAAAAGAAAGCAAAUACGUACCGUAGAAAAUUUGUAAGAAAGAAAAUGCAGCUGUGUAACAUAUUAACUACACAUAGCCUGAGUGCUGGUCUGAAAAGUGAUUUGAGUUUUACAUGACAAUUCUGUGUCUGUGAUGAUGUAAUGAGUUUUAAGAGCCUUGUCUAACCCUUUCAAAUACACCUGCUCAAUAUUUUCCCCUUCUUUUAAGAAACUAAAGAAAUAGCCGUCUUCAUUUGGACAAGCAGGAGAAACGCGUUCUCGCGUGCCCCGAUGCUGCAGAGAGCUGGCAGCACCCAGGUGCUUUGUAGAAAACCGUCGUUCUUUAUUCGUUGCAAGUUUUCUACCUUUGAAAUACGGAGCGUGUGUGUGCGCUGUGGGUUUCUGAAGGUUACAGGUAACGGUACCAGACGGGGGGAGAAGGGGUGCCCGCGCCCGCGUCCGGAUCGGGACGCAGCGUAUUCGCCAGGGCCCGCGAGCUGCAGCCGCCACCAGGCAACGUCCCAGCGCGAUGCUUCUGGCUGCGUACGACAGCCUGACUUCUCUUCUGCGGUCCGUGUUUUAGAGCAGACGUAUGGCAGCUGCGUUUAGCUGCUUCUGUCCUUGGGUUUCAAACACGCAGAAUCUGCUCUGCUGUGCUGUUCGUGGUAUUUUGUCUCGGAAUAGCAUCGCAAAGAUGUACUUUGCUUUGAGGGCCAGGUUCGGACCAUCGCAGUAGGACAGUGGCAUUUGCGUGAAUUCUGCUUUAAUAGUUGUCAGUUCUGUAAUUUCCUGGGUGUUUGGGGGAAAUUUGUUUUAAUUUCUCUCUGAACUUCAGCCUUCCCCCGUUCCUGGUAUUUUCUCUGUGUGACCGCAGUGAAGUUUUCUGGCUCAGUGCUGUUCUCUGCGUAAACACUUCACAGCUCGGUCUGCACAGAUUCUGCAGCCGAGCGCGUUUAGCACAGAGAAGCAGAGGACUGAGCAGUUUUAUCGUGUUGGACCAAAUGCAAGUCUCGGUGUCGUGGAGAAGUUGGGCUACUCUGACCUUGGGUCCGUUAGUUACCUUAUUUCAGUGGGGAGGAAUAGAGGGCUUUCAGGUUUGUGUCGCUCAGCUGGGUGCUGGUGAAGAUCGGGCCGUGGCGCUGGCUCUCCCGGCUGCCGCGGCCGCCUGCCCGCGCUGUGCCACCUCCAGCGGUGCCGUUUGCUGUCCCCCUUGACGAGGCACCUAGUGCGAGUCCUGAGGAAAUGGGGCGACCUUCUGCUGCAAAGGACCCUGGUGCAAACUAGAGAGGGUUUACCACCCCCUUGCCCCCAAAUAUUCUUUACUAAGAAUAUUAGAACAAGAUGUUAACUGCUCUCUCUGGACGUAGAGAGGGGGAAAGCUUUCAGGGAGCCGUGCAAAUGUGGAGGAGCUCGGUGGCUCCUUGGCAUCUCUGCUUUUGUAAAUCCCCCCCUUGCAGGCGAGAGCUGGAGAAGGGUGACCAAAGCGAGAGGGUGCCUGGCACCGAUUCCUUUGGAGGGUGGUACUGUGCACUUGCUAUUUACUGCUCGUGUCCCGACCCUGACUGUCUCCUGGUAACCAGCUUAAACUGUUGCUUCUUCGAGGUUGCAUGUAAUGUCUCGUAACUAAAUAGUAGGCAGGGAAAUGCCUAAAUAACAUUUUUGUUUGUUUAACUUGGCUCUUUUUACUUAAAUUUUGCUAUUAAGUAGCUACAGGAGAAUAAAGUAAAUGAUAUGUGUUGAAUUUUCUGAUGUAUAUUUUCUGCUUGCUAGAGAGUCACAGUGAUCUAAUCUUCAUGUUUUCUGGUGUGUAUGAAGGUCCUAUUUUGUUGAUUGUGUUUAAUCUAGUAAGUGGUUCAGCUUUAACAGAACAUAAUUCAGGGGAGAAACUUAUGUGGUUUAAGAUAAAGGGGAAAAAUGCUAAUAGUUCUUAACCAAUAUCCAGCCACCUGCUAUUAUGAUAUGCUUGUUAGACCUACUUGGCAAGUUAUCAGUAUUAGCUCAGUAACUCGUUACUCUGAGUUUGUCCAGUCCCUCGUCACUGUUUCUGAAGGGCUUCGGUGUGAUCACGCAGCAGGUUAGGCAGCACCCGCAGAGCUGCCCGCUUUCAAUGCACCUUUGAACUUCAUAAAGGCUUUUAACAACCACAGAGACGAUGUCCUCUUGUUGAAAGGAAGGGUGAAUUCUGGAGAAUACAAGUAAACCCUGAAGCUGUUUCCCUGUAGUACUGCUAAGAGUGUGCAAAAGCUGAUGUGUCAUUUGCAGAACUUUAGUACUUGGAACAAAAGCAAACACCUCACGAAUCUAUUAGGAAACUGUCACUACAGUAUCUCUAUUUUCCUAACUAUGGUGCUUGCCGUAUUUCUGCCAUCACCGUCACAUACAUGAGACACUAGACUCUGAGCAAUGUCAGUACUUUCAGACAUUUUCUCACAGCAUGAUGAUAGGAUGGAAAUGGAGAUGACAGUUUAGACUUUUUUACUCCUUAAUUUUGCCUGCCUUCAGCCUAUAUAACUUCCAGGUAUUUCUGUUACCUUUUUAAAUUUGCAAAUAAUAUGUCCUCUUGAUGGCUGUUAAUGUGUUCAGUGUAGCGGCUUAAUGGAGGCAAAACUGAUAAAAGUAUCAGCCGAAAAAUUAAUCAUAGUAUUUGCAGGAGCUGUGCAUGGGAAUGCACUGUAUUUAGGGAUAAAUCACAGUUUUCUGCUGUCCUAAUCUCUUCAGCUGUUAGGAAACUGGGAUCUGUUAUUGCAGAGGGCACAUAUUAAACCAGUUUGUACUGGACCAUGGACAUGUUGACCUUUUCUUUGUCCUUAGUUCUGUGCUUUUUUUAUUGAGCUGUUAACUAAAAAUAACAAUUUGAGCAGUAGGUUGAAGUAUAGACUGAUUGGGAAAAUCAGCUAUUGGGUUAAUUAUCUAUUUCAAAUAGUUUCACUGUUAAUUAACAAUUUUAUCCAUGUGCAGAAGGGACUUUUUUUUUUCUGAGCUGGUGUAGGGAUUCGUCCUUUUCAAUAAAAGUGUUUCUCCCACACUGCCUGAUGGUAAAUCAGGAGCAGGCAGCUGAGCCAGGCAUAUUGGCAUGUUAGCCUAAGUCCUCGGGAAGCAUUGUGAGUACUUACGCUUCCCACUCUGCACUCACCUGGGAAUCUGCUUCCUACCUGCGAAAUCUGCUGUGCAGACUUUGGAACCAGCAGGUGUGCGAAGAUGUUUCAGCUUCCAGUCACUGAUUCCCCUUAAGCAGGGUGUUGCCAAGAUGCACGCUUUUAUUAUUUAAAACUCCGCUGUGAGUAAGCUAGCUCCUUUGCUUUGAGUUAAUGGCUGGAAACAUAUGAACCUUUGCUCUUAGUGCAUUUCCCACUGCAGGAGCUCACCUGGGAGCCUGGUGCUGAGCUGGGAUGAGAGGCUGGAAUCUGGGCAGUUCUGUGCAUCAGCGGCUUGGGAGCCAGGGCACUGCAAGGCUUUGCUUUGGAUUUUGCUUUUGCCUCGUCUUUAAGCUUGUCCAGGUACUGUCUUUUUGGAAGAGCUUCGUAUAUGUACACGUCCGUGCCUGCUUACCCACCUAAAAUGAGUGAAUUUAAAAACUGAGCAGUACUUUUCUAUCCCUUUGGUGCUAAUGACAGUGGCUUUUCUGUAUUACAGCGUAAAGCUGAGCUUGACUUACAUUUUACUUGUGGUUGUAGCAGUGGAGGCAGCGUAGUCAGAAGACUUGAGCUACCUUUGAACUAGUUUCAAUGCUGGUAACUGGCAGAAAGCUCUCAGCAAGGGAACUUACUCUGGGUUAAUACAGGGAACUUGAGAAUAGGUGCUGGUGAUGUACACGUCUCAGGACAAGAAGUUAACCGGGGUCUCGUAGCGGAGCUAGCUCAGUAGAGGGUGUCUGAGUGAGCAGGCUAGCGUGUGUGUCCACGUGUCUGUGCCAAGUGCUGUGAUUGCAGCCUAGACAUACAUUGGCUUUCAAUUAACAGGCAUGUUCAUGUUAGUGUGGCUUUUGUUGCUCUUGUAAUUGUUGGUUUUUGCAAUAUUUUAAUGUGUUGUUGGAUCAAGUUUUUGUUUUAUAGUAUUUUUCUUAGUUUUGUGUGGCAGAUGAGUCAGAAUGAAGUGGGCCUUGCUGUGUUAGAAACAAGUGGGUGUCUAACAUGCUGGCAGAUGAGUGAAAUGACAAUUGCUGUCUUAAGGUAUUCUAUCUACUCUUCUGUUAAAUGUUUUCAAAACCCUAAGAGACUGUUUUUACUUUUUUUUUUUUUUUUAAACAACUCACAUCUUGUUAUCAAGAUUUCACCUUCCAGUGUACCUUAGGCAUCCUUCAGUAGGCAUCCUACCUUAGAGAAUCCUUCAAUAAAUAAAUUAGGACAAACAGAACUUGGAUUGCAACAGACAGCUCUCAGCAUGUGAACCAAAAGAUUGCAGAAUUUGUCACAAAAUCUCCCUUCCUGCUCUUGUUCUUGGAAAUUUAUGUUCUUCAACUGGGAGCUGUGUUUGAGCCAUAUAUUAACACACUUAAUGAACAAAGAAGGAUACUAUGCCACUCAGCUCUCAAAAAUGUAUCUGAAAAUGUGACAAAACCAAAAUAGUUGGUACUUCUCUGAAGAAAUACAAGCCUCAGAUUCAGAGAGCAUAAAGACCUCCUGAGACUUCUUGUCCUAAACUGAGUCAACUCAUAGCUCAUUUUUGUGAUUUGUAUAGGGCCAAAUGUUCUCAGGGCCUGACACUCUUUUGCAAGAGCAGAACUGUUCACUGCUUUAUGGUUUCCAAUUGUAUUUUAAAUGUCACGAAAGACUGAGUUUUUACCACUUCCUUUGGGAGAUGAUUCAUUGUGGUGCAAGGAAAGGAAAGGAGGGUAUUGAUCUGUAGCAUGUUGCUUUGAGGCUACUAUUCUAUAAAAUACUCUCUAGUGCAACAGCUGUGUGACAACACAUACUGUACAUCAAAUAUAAACUUGCCUGACUAAGCUCUGGUUCCUAUGAAUUUUUUUGUAUUGCAUGUAGUUACAACCUCAUACAGAUAAAGCUUUUAAAUCUAUUGAAAGGCAGCCUUUUCUGCACGUAAGCUGAACAUUUUUUAAUUGCAGUUGAGAUUUUUUUUUAAAUAGGAAGAUGCAGAGUUACAGGAACAUUUAUGUUCUGCUCCUGAGAAUGUUACUCUCUACCACAUUCAAAUUUUGCUAAACCUUGAUUUUAAAGAUUAGUCUGAGACCUGUGCAGAUUCAUCCAUCCUUCAGUUCUUUCCUUAAAUGUGCAAUAAAAGUUCUUCCCUGAAUAAGCUUAAAUUGUCAUAAUUGAGUAAUGGCUAAGGGAAUCUUGGCUAAGGCUUCAGCUGGUGGUAAGAGGUUUAUAUUUGUAAUGAAUCUUGGCUAAAUCUGUGAAAGUAGGGCAGGGGUUUUUGGAUGUGAAGGCAGUCUAAUCUAGUAUCAUUUAAAAAGCAAAGUACAAAGUAAGUGAUAUACUAAAAAAGUGCUGUACAUGCUGUUGGUUCUCAUUAGGGACACGUGCUUUCAGAAUGCUGUAUCUUACUCUGCCUUUUGAACUGCUGUAUUUGUACAGUGAAAUGUAAAGUUCAUUUGUACAUGUCCUAUGGAUUAUUCAAUCCAAUUUUUUUAUACUGUGGUUUAGCAGAAAAGGAGUAAAAGGUCUCCAUUUAUAAACCUAAUUUAAGAACUAGUUUCUGCAACUGUAAUAGUGGAGUGGCAGUAUUUCUUUCAGAAAUUUUACAGGCUUAAACUUACAGAAAUUGAGUUGAAUUAUACCAUACAAAGGGCAAUUUUUUAUUAAACAAAAUCUGCUCUGGCUAUUUGUCAGGAAAGAAAAGGAAGCAGUUAUCAAGGAUCUUUGCUUAUGUAUAAUGUUACAAGCCUCUAUUUGAAAGGAAAAGAUUAAGCUCGGCUCAAUUUUGGAAUUUCUAAGACAUUAAAAAAUAGGCAAAAUGUUUGUUCUUGCAGAGUAGAUGAUGACUAUAAAAGUAAUAUGAUAAUAUUUAUGGGGCAAAAUGUUGUUGGGGGGGGGAUAGGGCUUCCUUAAACAAAUCUUUACUUACUCGAUCCUGACUAUUCAUGGCAUGAGCAUUUACACAGUCAGAAGACAACUACGUGUAUUCUAUACACAUCCACCAAUCUUCAGUCAGCAUUAUACAGCAUAAAUAAAAUAUUUUAUUUCAGUCAGCUACUAACUAAUAAGACAGUGGAUACGGAGGUUUUAUUUUGGGAGGAACUAGUACUUUUAGACUUUUUCUUCUUACCUUAAGAGACAACCCCCUCCCCCCCAAAAUCUGUGGAAGGAUUCCUUUCAGAAGUGGAAGUAAAAUGAAUUAAUAUGUGUGAAGGGAAAGCUUGAUUUUAAUAAAAUUAAAUACAGCUGCUUUGGGCAGCUUCUCUCAUAGACUGGCAGCUAAAAAAACAACUUUAUGUAGUUCAUUGAGCUUGGGGAAAAAAAUGUCAGAUUUAUGCAUUUUCAGAGACAGUAUAAUAUACUGUUCUUUCUUUACAAGCUAAACUUUUUCUAUUAAAAUAAUUUGUGGAUUAUUUCACUGAUAUAUGCAAUCCUAUAUUCAGCUACAGCUUUGGUGGCACAGGAACUCUGGAAAAAUUGUCCCUGCGACAUAAAACUUAUUUAUUGUGCUUUUCUAUAGGUAAAGUGGAAAACUGAAGUUGGCUUUAAGUGUUUGCAAUCUGAGAAAUGAUGUGAAAAAGCAGCUCAAUUAAAUGUACAUUCUUUUCAAUCUUUUCUUUUUUGUGUGAAGGCUUUUGUCUUUGUAUCUUUGCAUUAUUUGUAAAUGAAAUGUAAUAAAAGUUCAACUGUUUUUGUCUCUG